AUGGCUUCAAAUCUCCCCAGUCCCAUUGACCCCAGCUUCCUCCCCAAACUGGACCCAGAUUUCAUCGAAUACUACAAUGCAUAUCUGGCCAUUAAGACGUCCGCCCACACGGUCAGCAUUGAGGACAUGCGGGCCUUCCCGCAGAAAUAUGCAGCACCAUGGGCCCGGAACUUCACGUUUGAGCCUUUCGUCAAGGACAUCAAGAUCAAGUCUGACGAUGGACAUGUCUUCACUGCGAGAUGCUACCAUCCAGACCCCAGGACGUCUCCGUUCGGGGAAGGGCCGUACCCGGUUCAUAUCAAUUUCCACGGCGGCGGUUUUGUCCUCGGAGGCUUGGAAGGGGAUGCGGAGAUUUGCAUGUUGGUGCGAGACCGGGUUGGGAUUCUCGUGGUGGAUGUCGACUAUAGAAUGGCUCCUGAGCAUGCGUUUGUGAAGGGCCAUGAUGAUUCUUGGGCGGCCAUUCGCUGGGUACACGAACAUGGACAGGAGAUCAACGCGCGUCCCGAUUCCAUCUCCAUCGGCGGAAUCUCCGCUGGAGGUCACAUUAGCGCCGUAAUGCAACAGCUCGCGCGCGAUGCGAGCCUGAAUCUCAGGCUGGCUGCACUCAGUGUCCCAGCCACAACCUGGCGUGUCGACAUGACGAAACCCUCCGACUCCCCAUACCAGUCCUUCCAGGAGAACGAGCUCGCGCCUUGCCUGAACUGGAAGCGCAUGCAGUUCUUCGGCUCACUCUCAGCACCUAAGAAUGAUGCGCAGAAGGCUGAACUUGAGAGCCGGCCACGCUUCAUCACGACUCCCGUUGAGGGGGAUCUACGGGGGGUCUGUGAUACCUUCAUGGCCACCGCCGAGUGUGACCCUGUCCGCGAUGAGGGCGUGCAUUAUGCUCAGCGGCUUAUGGAGGCUGGAGUCAAGGUUACUUAUCGGCAAUAUACCGGUGUGCCUCAUCCAUUUAUGCACAUGGCGAUUAUUAAGAAGGCACAGCUGUACAUGGAUGAUCUCUGUGCGGAAUUGAGGAGGGCUCAUAAUGCCUAG